GCUUCGCCCCCCUUUUCCUUCUCCUUUCCCCUACCCAAUAGGGGAGUGGGCCUGAGACCCCCUCCUCUAUUCCUGGCUUGGGAGCUGCGCGCGCUUCUUCCCCUGAAGUUGAUUGGCGGUUUGGGCGGGGGCGGAGUUUAAGGGUCAGGUUCUCCCCCUCCCACCGUCUGGCUGCCAUUCCUGAGGGUGGCAGUUGCCUGCGGUCUUCGUCCCCUCAGGAGCGGCUUCUUUCGCCUCAUUCUUUCGUUCAUAUAUUAUUGUUCACUCCUUCAUUGGCUUACUUGAAUUGUUCAGACGCUCCCGAGUUCGAAACACGGGUCCCGUGCGGUGCACAGAGUGGAGGAAAUUGCGAAUGCGGGAGUCCCGUGGCGUUGUUUUUUCAACGUAUUCAAUUGCUUUUUAGAGAGGGGUGGUUGUUUUUUAGUUUCUUCCCCCGCGUUUCUUUUUUAGCAGAUUCUAUCUGUAAGCCGCCUUGAGUCGGGGGAAAGGUGGGAUAUAAAAAAAUAGAAUGAUAAGAAAGGUAAUCAGCAAUGCAAUAACACAGGGUUUUUUAAAUCUGCUAGAAAACACACUACAAAAAGCUACAUAGGAAAUAAACGCAAUGCUAAAUAAAGGGGUUGGGCUAGAUGAGGCUCGUGGUCCCUUCCAACUAUGCAAUUUUAUGAUUCUAAGGAAACAAAUUUAUUGAGAGGUGGGCCUUUUAUGUGUUUCUGAAACACAUGACAGUGCUUUUAAUUCAUGGUAUUAUAGUGCUUUUGUUACUCUGCCCCACCCCACCCCGUUUGUAGGUCAUUUCCUUCUUGGUUUUAUUUUUUCCUUAUUUUAUUUGGGAUUGUGGUUUUUUGUUUUUGUUUUGCAUGCAAAGCAAGGAUAUUAGAUGUAUAAUGGUUUUUGCUGCAUAGUGUCUCAACGUAAUAUGAAUUUAAAAAAAUAUUUUAAAAGAAGAAAACACUGUCCCCAACAUAUACACCUGCAUAGGCUCCAGCUGUUGCCCAAGAGAAGCUCUCUUGCAUGUCUUCCCAACCCCCACCUUCUUUUUAUGCUCCAUAUCCCAAUCAGUACAACCCAUCUACUUGCACCUCAGGCUUUGUGACCCUGCACCCAUCUCCAGUUCCAGUCCCCCUAUCUUGACAGAACAGCCUGCCCUUUUGAUGGCAUGUCAGUAAAAAAAAAAAAACCUUCCCAUUUUUACCUGUAGUUGCCACAUGGCUGGAAAUUCAACAGGUGUUUUCCCCAUCACUGCAUUGCUAGACUGCAAAUGAAAGCUGCAUCUCCUGAAUCUUCCUAUUGAUGAUGAAGGUGAUGGAUACCAGGGAAAAUAUGGUGCCAGUUGUAUUUCUGACUAAUACCUUCCUAUACUGUAACUCUGCUCCAUUUCUUUCAAUGGUGCACUGUUGUCUGACUCUCAAGACACAAGUGGGCAAAAGGUGGAUCUUGGAUCUACUGUUUUAUACAGACCAUUAGGCAAGAUAACUUUUCUAAUGAAGCUAUACCUAACCGUAGGAGCUCAGAGUAAAGUGAAGAAAACCUUAUCUUAAGGGUCAAAGCAGAGAAAGGGUGACCUUUUAUUGGUCAUUAUCUGAAUUUUAAAAAUAAAUAGGUAUAAUACUGUAGUAAAUUCUAAAGGGAGGUUCCUCAAGGAUCCUUGCUUUGACUGGGUGUAGUUACUGGUUAGGAUGCUGUGAUGACAAGAUACUAAUAAAUCUGUGAUGACACAGUAACAAUUUGUUUUUAAAAUAUGGUUUAUUAUGAGGUGGCAAUAGCUGUAGAAGUUUCAAAAUAAUUUGGAGAAGUGUACAGUUAUAAAUGCUAAAGAAUUCCUAACAGCGGGUUGGAGCCAGAGUAGUUGUAUUUGAGUCCUAUUGAAGUAAUGAGAAUUUAAGAGAUGUCUAACUUUUAACAUUCUUUUAAUGGUACCUAAGUGCAAAUAACCUCGUUCUGAUGCAACCCAGUGUGAAUGACAGAUAACGUCUACUGUAUAUGAGAUGAGUUAUUCAAGUAAAAUAUAAAUAUAUUUCAUUUAUGUUUGUUUGUAGCACAUACUGUACUGUACAUACAAACUCCACUAGCAAACUGGCUUGAAACCAAAACGGAUAAUUAUUUUUCUACCUCAUUUUCCAUUUCAUAAAUUAACUAGUGGCAAUGGCUGAAUGCAUUAAUAGUCUAGCCAAGCAGUUUCAAAAAUUUUAUCAUUGUUUACUACAUACAAGUAAAAUAGACAUGAAAUGAUGGGAAAUUGUUAUGCACAGUAUACAUAUUAAUGCCUUGUUCCUUGAGUAGACCCAUGAAAUACUACUUUAGGAAGCUACUUGCACGUUACAUGUAAAUAAAUUAAGGAUCAUUAAGGGUGCAAUCCUUUGUUAAAGACCGGCAAGGCUGAACCUGGCUUAAAAGCCAACUAUACCAGUUGAACUCAGCAGAGUAGCGCAGGCACAGCGGAAACUUCUUGGUUGCAAGAUGAAGGCAAGUUUCAGGAACACAGGAACUCACUGCCACUAGUACUGUGUAACUAUAUACAGCUUUAUUUACAAGAACAAAACAACAAACAGUACAUAGAUCAGUACUUCUCUCUAUCUCUCUACAACACAAUAACCACAUCAGAAACACACCACCAACUCUCCACAAAAACCCACAAAUUCACCCUUAGUCUAAUAGGGUUACUGACCCAAUCACCAAGCUGUUGCUAAGGCUCUAUCUAUCACUAGGCAAAUUAUCCAGCCCUGGAGAUUGCUGAAUCACUUUCUGGGCAUGUUGUCGGCUCUUAAUUGUUAUGUGGGCACCACAGUUCAAGAAGGAUACUGACAAGCUGGAACGUGUCCAGAAGAGGGCAACCAAAAUGGUCAAAGACCUGGAAACGAUGCCUUAUGAGGAACGGCUUAGGGAGCUGGGUAUGUUUAGCCUGGAGAAGAGAAGGUUAAGGGGUGAUAUGAUAGCCAUGUUCAAAUAUAUGAAAGGAUGUCAUAUGGAGGAGGGAGAAAUAUUGUUUUCUGCUGCUCCAGAGAAGCGGACACGGAGCAAUGGAUUCAAACUUCAAGAAAUAAGAUUCCACCUAAACAUUAGGAAGAACUUCCUGACAGUAAGAGCUGUUUGGCAGUGGAAUUUGCUGCCAAGGAGUGUGGUGGAGUCUCCUUCUUUGGAGGUCUUUAAGCAGAGGCUUGACAGGCAUAUGUCAAGAAUGCUUUGAUGGUGUUUCCUGCUUGGCAGGGGGUUGGACUGGAUGGCCCUUGUGGUCUCUUCCAACUCUACGAUUCUAUGAUUCUAUGACCAGAUGCACGUACUCACACAGUGAAAAAACCUCAACAUCCUUUGCUUACCUGGGAGUAUGAACAGCAGUCAGCAGAACAUUUCAAACUAAACAUGCAUAUGAUUGCUCCAUGUGAAGCCAUAUACAGCCUUGGCCUGUACAUCUGAAGGAACAUCUCCACCCCCAUUAUUCAGCCCGGACACAGAGGUCCAGCGCUGAGAAGUAAAGUUACAAGGAACUAGGCAGAGAGUCUUCUCGGCAGUGGCACCUUCCCUGUGGAACGCUCUCCCAUCAGAUGUCAAGUAAGGAACUACACAACUUUUAGAAGACAUCUGAAGGCAACCUUCUACAGGGAAGUUUGUAAUGGUUGAUGUUUUGUUGUGUUUUUAAUAUUUUGUUGGGAGGCAUUUCAACGAUAAACCAUCUACAUAGAUAAACUACAGCAGUAUAUAAAUAAUUUAUUCACAUAUUGUAUUGAAUACUGGGGGCUUCUUUGGUCAUUGAAUCUUAAAUACUUUUUCUAUUCAAUAAGAGAAUGAAAGGCUGCAAUUUGAUAAUAUUUGAGUUAUUCUCAUGGAAUUAAUGGUAAUUACUCCUGAGUAGACAGCAUAAGUUCAUAUGUAACUUACUUGCAUGUAAACACUUCCAAAAUCAGUAUGUCUGAAAACUGGUCACACAUGGGAAAUCAUAUUUUUGUGACUUCCCUCCCCUUGCCCCGCACUGCUCCCAUUGUGUUUCGUUUUUUAAACCUGUCCAAUAAAUAAAUUUGCAUGUCAGUGGGAAGAUGGGCAGGACAACUUCGUUGAAUACAACCCUAGGUUGCCCCAAACCUUUGUGGCAAUGGGAAAUGUCUUAAGAGCACUCAAGAAAAUGGUAUCCUGUGCCUAUAGCACUUCCCCUCUAGAUGCAGUGAUGACAUUACUCAAACUGCUCAAGGUACUGUAUAGAAUUUUCUGUUGCAUUUUUUGCAGGAGCUACAGUGUUACUAUGGCUCGUAUUACACUUGAGGAACUGAAUGAACUGGAUGAUGAGGUCCUUGAUGAAGAGGAUGAACCAAUAGAUGGGGAGGAACAGAACAGGCUGUUUUCUCAUUGGGAGACAGUAGCCAGCACUCACCAAGUGUCUCUCCCCCAAGAGAUGGCAGGUCCAAUAAUGCAAAUGGCGCGCCAUAACCAGACGCGAGAGCCGGUGCCCUACGCUACUUUAUCACAGCAUGAGAAGUGUGAGGAGCUAGCGUACGAGGAACGACAGUACCCAGCUGGGAAAUGGGCAUGCAUUACCAGAGGAGAACCUAAAUAUGAGCAAAGCAUCUCUAUGGGUUUCAUGAAACUAAUACGGUACAUCUGCAAGGAGAACUCCCUAGGUAUGUGGAAGCAAGCGUCAUCGUGGCAGGGACAUGGAAGCCUGCAGCAGCUAAACCCGCUGGACCUGGAAAGGCCAGAGUUGGGUUUCUGCAGAUCCUCCUCUUUCACUCUCUGGUGUCUUUAUGUGUGUUUUUAUCUAGGCCGCCAUUUGGGGAUGACAGUGCCAGUGCUCAACGAGAUCCACCUGAACAAGGAAGGCACGGAAUUGCUUCAAGAAGUCAUGACUGCCUAUUACCUCCCUGAAGAAUUUCAACCUAACCCCCCUCUCCCCUUGGACCCCGACAUCCAGAUACAAGAGAGAGCACCACUUCGGGUUAUCUCCAGGGUGUUUUAUGGGACCACUACAGAAGAAACAAUCCUACGGGAGAUUCACCUUCUCUGGGAGUUGCUGGGCUCCACAGAAAAUGUGCUUCGCGAAACCUACUUGGUGGCUGCAUACCAGAACCCUGGCGUCCCUAACCGCCGCAAUGAGAUCUGGUUUAUCCGGCGAGCAGACUGAAAGCACCUUGAAUCCCCGGCAAUAUUACAAUCCACCCUCCGUGACUGGAUCCGGUUUAGAUGGCAGUUUUGAAGGAGAGGAAUGCACAUCCUGACUCACUGUAGAAUAAGAUGAAGUGCUCCUUCCCCCCUGCGCAAACCAAGGAGUUACAGAUCUCCCCGAGGUGGUUUCCAUGCUACUCCUGCAGGGGGUGCUGUGGUGUUGGUGAUGGUGGAGUUGGCAUUGGAAGGAACAAGGGGUGUCUGCUUCAGUGGGCCCUGAGUGCAACCAUGCCACAUUUGGAUGAAGGUGCAUUAGGAGCACAGGAAGCUGCCUUAUGCUGAGUCAGUUCAUUGGUCCAUCUAGUUCAGUAUUGUAAUUGCUGACCGGCAGUGGCUCCUCAGGUGUUCAGGUAGGGAACAUUCCCGGUCCCGCCUGGAGAUGCCAGGGAUUGAACCUGGGACCUUCUGAAUGCAAAGCAGUUGUGCUACGACAGAGCCAUGGCCCUUCCCCCUCCUUGGGGAUUGUACUGGGGAUUGCAGCUGUUGUGCGACCCACAGCUCACAUUCCAAGGGUUAGGUAUCAAUCCUGAAACGAAUCCGGAGAGCAGGUUGAAACACCACUGCCUACAGCUGUGUCCGUAACUGGCAAAUGCGGAUGUACUGGGGGACAGGUUAUGACUAAGUUACUUGUGGAAGGAGGAUUUUACUUCUGAUGCCUUGGAGUAUCCCUUUUCGCCAUGCGCAUGAGAAGCUGCUAGUCAGCUUUGUUAUCCAACAGCAGAAGAGCCAUUCCCACAUGUUUGGGAUGGGGUAGCUUUAGACUUCCCUGACUGGAAUAAUGUGAAAACCUGUCCAAGAGCAAAUGGGAAAUCCCCGCCAAAGGGCUAAGGCUCAAAGGGAGAUCUGAGAAGCAGAGAUCUCUGGCCUGUAAGUCCUCCUGUUUUCCCAAGAGCACAUAAAGAGAUAAAUGCCACCCAUUGGCUACCUCCUGCCUAUGAACCAGUUUCUCAAUCAGGCAGGCUUGGUGCGAGCUGAGCAGGCCACAUAGUACGUGUUGUCACUGGCAGCAUUUUUUGUCGCUGUGUGUUGCGUUGUGCAUUGACUGGUUGGUAUCACACUCAUGAAUGCUGCUGUCCUCUGCCAAAGAAGGCUGGUAGCACAAAGUAAACCUGAAAUAAAAUCUAGCCCAACCCUCUCUGUGUAUCGCAUUUUUACUGACUUUUGUAACAUUCGACUCCAGUAACCGGUGGGGGUCACCACUCAGAUGGAAGAUCCAGAUACAAAACAGAAGCCUGACACCCAGAGAGUACCCAUGUGACAUGCAAUACAUCUGCAUUACAGAUCAGAUCUGACCAUGAGAAAUGGAAAGUCUUUCCCUCUUCAAUAAUAAUAAUAAUAAUAAUAAUAAUAAUAAUAAUAAUAAUAAUAAUAAUAAAUUUAUACCCCGCCCAUCUGGCUGGGUUUCCCCAGCCACUCUGGACGGCUUACAACAGAAAAAUGAAAUAAAAUAAUCUAUUAAACAUUCCUUCAGUAGCACCUUAAAGACCAACUAAGUUUAUAUUUUGGUAUGAGCUUUCGUGUGCAUGCACACUUCUUCAGAUACACAGAGUGUAUCUGAAGAAGUGUAUCUGAGUGUAUCUGAAGAAGUGUGCAUGCACACGAAAGCUCAUACCAAAAUAUAAACUUAGUUGGUCUUUAAGGUGCUACUGAAGGAAUUUUUUUAUUUUGCUUCGACUCAGACCAACACGGCUACCUACCUGUAACUAUUAAACAUUAAAAGCCUCCCUAAACAGGGCUGCCUUCAGAUGUCUUCUAAAAAUCUGGUAGCUGUUUUUUUCUUUGACAUCUGAUGGGAGGGCGUUCCACAGGGCGGGCGCCACUACCGAGAAGGCCCUCUGCCUGGUUCCCUGCAACUCGGCUUCUCGCAACAAGGGAACCACCAGAAGGCCCUCAGUGCUGGACCUCAGUGUCCGGGCAGAACGAUGGGGGUGGAGACGCUCCUUCAGGUAUACUGGACCGAGGCCAUUUAGGGCUUUAAAGGUCAGCACCAACACUUUGAACUGUGCUCGGAAACGUUCAAGGAAAAUUUAAUAAGAUGACAUGCUUCUGUUAGCUAUGUUCUGUGGCCAGUAUAUAAUAGCCACUUACCAAUAUAAAUUCCCACUCAGCUGCACGUCUGUAAAUGCAUUUUUUCUUUUUUCAGCAGUGAAAGGUGUGCAUUGCCUUGCUAGUGCUGUGGGUUAAACCACAGAGCCUAGGGCUUGCUGAUCAGAAGGUCGGCGGUUCAAAUCCCCGUGACGGGGUGAGCUCCCAUUGCUCGGCCCCAGCUUCUGCAAACCUAGCAGUUCGAAAGCACGUCAAAAUGCAAGUAGAUAAAUAGGUACCACUACAGUGGGAAGGUAAACGGCGUUUCCAUGUGCUGCUCUGGUUCGCCAUAAGCGGAUUUGUCAUGCUGGCCGCAUGACCUGGAAGCUGUACGCUGGCUCCCUCGGCCAAUAACGCGAGAUGAGCGCUGCAACCCCAUAGUCGGUCAUGACUGGACCUAAUGGUCAGGGGUCCCUUUACCUUUAACCUUGACAUUGGAAGCAUAAAUUUUUAAGUUAAUUGGAGUGAGUAGAUGAAGAAAAGAGUGAAUGGUUAUCCAGGUUCAUUAUUUCAUCACCUCAGCAGAGCUAACUUCAAUACUGUGCAGCAGUGGUAAUACUCAGGAGUAAUUUGUGUAGUAUCCUGUUGUUGCCUGGGUGUGGAAGAAGCAAAUUUUGUAGGUUGGUAUUUGAUUGCUUGUUCUUAGCACUGUCAAAGAUCUCACCUUUUAAAUAAUUGUUUUAGAAGUUUGCAAACAUGAAGAUUAAGCCACUUUUUGCAGUGGCAAGUCAGUUAUUUUAACAUAAUAUCAUUUCCUCCAGAGGCUGCUCUUGUCUAACAGUAGGCUUUUGUUGAAAUGAUGAAGAAUCAAAGAUCUAACAGGAACACAAAGAAAUGCACAAAUAGUAAAAAGCAAGGUAUUUUAAACACAUUAGAAAUGACAGCUACCAAACAGUAGCUACCAAAGACAUUGUGAGGCACAUACGGUACUGAAUUGUUAUAAGCCUAGGAACACAUGAUGCAGCAAAAGCGGAGGCAUUAAAUGUAUUUGUCAUCUUGAUAUCUGAAGAUAAAACUCAACAGGAGAUCAGUAGUCCAGGCACCUGACAGAAGCAAUAUUAAGGUAUUAAGAAUUGAAUAAAAAUCGUAUGGAUGGAUUCCACAUUUUAAAAACAACGGGCCUGGAUGAUGUAGCCCUAGGGUUUGUUUUAUUUAAAGCAAACACAAAACAUCAAAAGUUUUGUAUCAAGAAAAGGUGAAUUCUGUAAUCUGUUAUGCAGAUAAAGCAAAUGUGCAUCUAUUUUGCAUAAUCUGCUGGUUCUGGGAAGUUUCAAGGUAAUGAAAAUUCUCUUGAGAGCUAAGCUGAAUUCCCCCUCUGAUGUAUUUUUGCAGCCAAGACUAGAAACCUGUUCAACCCAAUACAGUAAAGGCAAAAACUAAGCUUCUUGGGAUGCUGACUGUUGUAUUGAGUGCCAAAUUCUACAUUUUGCAUAGGUUUGUAGAAUACAAAGAGCCCUGCCUGCAUCCUACGGUAGUUACCUGAAAGGGGCCUGGGACUUGGAGGUCUUUAGCGGUCCUUACUGUGAAAUCCUGCAGGCUGGGAGAAGCCCCAGAAGAAUGGAAAUGCUGCAGCUAGCCAAAAAGAUGUAGGGCCUUGCUUUGGUCUUGUGUUGGUUUGUAGCUGAGGCUAUAGGUGAGGCCACAGACUAUACAGUGAUAUCCCAUACAACUCAGUGGAAUAAACCAAUAGUUUAGUAGCCUAGAAAACGCUUCUCCCCAAAUGAGCAGCAUCACUUCUCCCCAAAUGGUUUUUCUAGCAAGUGGCAGUGCAGGAUCAAACCAUUUAAAAUAAAGCUGCAGUGCUGGUGCAAACCUGACUUAAGUUAAAUAAAAGCCUGCAGUAGUACAGAUAUUAAGUUACAGGUACGUAGCCGUGUUGGUCUGACGUAGUCCAAACAAAAAAUAAAA